GUUCACAAGAAGAUGCGCUAGACGGUGGAUGGCGCGAUUGCUGAUGGUUACUGAUGAUACAGCUACUGAGGUGAUCCGGUCCCGCCCAUGAUGGUGGAAGGUGGGGAUGGCAGGCGGCGGUUGUGGUGGGUGGUCGGAUGGGGUCAAGUUGUGUUGGGUUAGGAUUUGAAUUAGGUUGGUUAUGUAGAGAGUCUGUGGUGGCUAGGGGUGUCGGUUUGGUUCAGGUUUAACUGAAAAUGAACUGCUAAGAGCCUCUUACGGGUUCGGGUUCCACCCGAAGGUGUGCUAUGACGGUUUUGGCCUUUUGGAUUCGCUAGAACCUGAAAACACAAAAGCGACAAUUGAACUCUCCUUGAGGAUUCAAUAGACAAGAUGAAGUCGUUGCUUUGCCUCGCCAAUCCUACCCAACCCAACGAAGGAGAGAUGACGUCAGAGAUCUAGACAUUGAGGAAGGUCGGAGGUCGGAAUCGCUGCUUCGCUUCGCCAAACCUUCCCAACCCAACGAAGGAGGGAUGACUUCGAAAACCAUCCCUUCGUUUGAGAUUGAAUCUUUCCCAUUCGUCGCAUCUGGGUAACUCAGCUGUCUCCAAGUUGAAUUCCUCUCCUGGCUUUAUCGAUUCACAUAUGGGCAACUCAGCAGCGGCCGAUCGAAAGCCAUUAACGGUGAAGUGACGGAUCCAGUCGGCAAACGUUGAGAUUGGCAAGAUUGUGUCCGAGUUCCUUGUUACUCUGUUCUCUGACCUUAGCUAUGGUAUCCCAGUAAGCUCCUGUAUAUGUUGCUCUUCUUCUUCACCGAGUCACUUGAGGUUGGCAAUAUUGUCUCCAAUUAUUUUGAGGAUUUGGAUCUUGGUGCGCAGUAUCGUGUUCGUAGGGAUUGGUAUCUUGGUGAUGAGAGGGCUCCUGCACCUCCCCAUCACACUCGCCACUCAACACGAGCAGCCCAGCCCAAUCGAUGCUAUCGAGACUACGUGGAGUAGUUGGCCCAUGAUGAAGUAGUAUGCCUACUGUAGGAGAGUCAUUUGUGUUUAGGUUAAGAGUCUUUUACGUUGAUGUUAGUUGGAGGAGUCAAAGUUAGCUGUUAGUUGCUUUUGAAUUUGCAGAAUAAGUGGAGAGUCGUGGGUAGUUGUUGGUAACCGUAGGAAGGGUUCCACAAGAGUAGGAAUAGGUCGUUUCUCAGUUGCAUUCAUGGAUGUAUUUAAGUAAGCUUUAGAAGAGAAUAAGAGGCAAGUAUUAUUUCACAAAAGACAUUCGUCUCUGGUAGUUCUAGCUCAGAAAAUAGAACGCUGGCUAGCUCCCGCCAAGAAAAGGGAGUUCUCUCGCAAUUCAACUUCGAUCCUUAUCACUUGGUAUCAGAGCCCGGCAUGGGCACUCACGCUCAACGCAUCGAAGCUCUCGAAACCGCUACACAUGAGAACCAAACCGGCGUCCAGGCCAUCAUAGACCAACUGGCAGCCGUUCAGCUCGUUGUCAACAAAAUUGCUCAAGAUCAAGCAACCAAGAAUGAAGAUCGACGUUCCGAUGAGGGAGAACGUUCCGUCAACGGUCGGACUCGACAACCUCCUCCCGAUGAUUUCGAUGAACGGGAUCACCAGCCCUUCUUUGGGGCUAAACUAGCUCGACUAGAGUUCCCGACCUUCGCCGGCGACGACCCCACUGUCUGGUUCUCAAGAGUGGAACAGUUCUUCGAAUUCCAAGCCAUUCUGGAAGUUUAAAAGGUGACCCUGGCGUCGUAUCACCUCGAAGGGGACGCAAACCAAUGGUUGCAGUGGCUCCGCAGAACCUAUCGAGCUGACGGAAUUCCCAUUACCUGGGAAAGUUUUUCGACUGAACUUUGGGCACGAUUUGGACCCUCUGCUGCCACCGGAUUGGACGAACCUCUGUCACAUAUCAAACAGACAGGGACCCUUCAGGAUUAUCAGACGGAGUUCGAAAAGCUCGGCAAUCGCGUCCGGGGAUGGACGCAACAAGCGUUGGUCGGCACCUUCUUAGGAGGAUUGAAAACUGAAAUAGCUGACGGGCUCCGAAUCUUCACCCCUCGGACAUUGAAGGAGGCCAUUAGCUUGGCCCGCAUCCGUGAUGAGAAGCUGUCUCAUUAUCAGAGUCCG